AUGGAGGUACGUGCCCCUCGGAGGAGUCCCAGCUACCUCUCCGAUCUCUACCAGAACAUGCUGCGGGCCGAGGCAGCGCCGGGCCGGGGGCAGCAGCAGCAGCCGCCGCCGGCGGUUCGCGCCAGCAGCAGCGUGACCCUCCUGAGCAGCGUCCCGGUCAAGGGGGGCUCGCAGCCGGAGCGGCUCCGGAGCGGCACCGCCAACAGCUGCGACCCGGCCCUGCGGCCCAUCAUACGCCGCCGGGCGAGGUCUUUGCCCACGUCACCCGAAAGAAGGAAGCGAGCGGGAGCGCAGUGCCGAGUCGCGGCAUGCGAGGGCCGCGCGAACCGGGUGAGGUUUGCCGAUGCUUUGGGCUUGGAGCUGACCGAAGUGAAAGUCUUCCAGACCGGAGAGGACCCGUCCAUCCCCUUGCAUGUCCUCUCCAGGCUCUCCAUAAACUCAGACCUCUGGGGCAGCUGCUUGGACCUGGAGUUCACCAUGCAGUACUUGGUGCCUGACUUCCAGCAGCCUGCAGACUGCAUGGACUUCUCUGCCCGUCUUCGGGAGCAGCAGGUGUGCCUCGAACGAGUGACCAGUUCAGAUUUUGGACUCAGUGGCACCAUUCAAGUUUGUAAUAUUGCUUUUGAGAAGCAGGUAUCAGUGCGAUACACCUUCAAUCAGUGGAAAAGCCUCCAUGAAGCGCGUGCUCACUGGCAUAGUAGCAUCCCUGAGAAAAACGGGCAGGCUCAGGUGGAUGUUUUCACCUUUUUUCUCCCUGUACCUUCUUUCCUGCUUCAGCUGUGCUCRGUAGUCCAAUUUGCAGCAAGAUACCAAGUCAAUGGGCAGGAAUAUUGGGAUAAUAACGGAGGCAAAAACUACAGUUUUACCUGCCGAAAUUAUCCCCUUAAAAUGCCCAGAGAAUGUGAGGAGAGCUGGAUCCACUUCAUCUAAGCAAAAGGAAUGGAAUGAAGAGCAGCUUCUGAAUAGCCUGUUCUCAUCCCUCACACUGCUUUGUGCCCCCACAGCCUCCAAGCUCCUUUUCGAAACCUGCCAAAACUGGCCAAGUGUUUCAGAACAGGAAAGUAGCCGCGGGUAUGCACCAACUGUUCCAAAUCCUUUGGAAAGUGUAAAGGGCCAAAACGUGUUCCGAGCAGCAUCCGUUGAAAGCCCAUGGGAUUUCUUGUAGUGUGUGAAUUGGUGCAGAAUGGUUCAAAGGGAAACUGUCAGACUACAUAUCCAAAAGCAAAGAAAGAGACUUUUAUGUUGCUAUUAGUAUUCUGGACUGCAUAAAGUAUUUGUAACCAAUCUAUUUUACUAUUUUCUG